AUGAAAAGCAACCAAACUCUGCUCAUGAAGAUUGUGAUUUUUCUACUUGGAUUGGAUGCAGUUAGCGUAAGUGAAAUAGAGGCUCUUUAUGAACUAUUUAAGAAGAUUAGUAGUGCAGUAAUUGAUGACAGUUUAAUCAACAAGGAAGAGUUUCAAUUGGCGUUAUUUAAGACGAACAAAAAAGAGAGCCUGUUUGCUGAUCGGGUAUUUGACUUGUUUGACACAAAACAUAAUGGCAUCCUAGGCUUUGAAGAAUUUGUCCGCGCACUCUCUGUAUUUCAUCCGAAUGCGCCUAUCGAUGAUAAGAUUGAGUUUUCGUUUCAAUUGUACGAUCUCAAGCAGCAAGGUUUUAUUGAGAGGCAAGAGGUGAAGCAAAUGGUAGUGGUAACUCUUGCAGAAUCUGGUAUGAACCUUUCAGAAGAUGUUAUAGAGAGCAUCAUUGACAAGGUGCUCCCUCAACCUGAGUUAAUUAAAGUAACAUCUAUUUAUCAUAUAUAUGACUUUAAUUAGCUCUAGGCAUCCAUAUCUAAUGUAAUAGUAUGUGCCUUGUUUUCCUCAUCCUCAUCCUUUUCAUUUUUAAUUUAAUUUAAUUUUUUCUAUCUUGGUUCUUUUCUCCUACUAGUCAUACGGAUUCAAAUUUUUUUUGUUACGCUCUUUGUACACUCUGUUUCUAAAAUCAAGCAGUUAAACUAGGGUGUAAUGUUCUAUAAGGAGGUAAUUUACUCUAAAAGUGCUUUAUUCA